AUGGUCGAGACGCACAUCCCCACACUAGCGGGUGAUCAAAUCGCGCUCAUCCAAUCGCUGCUCCGCUACCCACCCGCGACACCACACCUCAACCGCUUCGGACUCGUGAUCCAACAGGACCCCUCCUCGUCCUCCAACCGAGGCCGCGGAGUAUACGCCACCGCCCCCCUCGCUGCCAACACACUCAUCGAAAUCAGCCCGGUCCUGUUGUUCCCGCCUGAAGAGUACUCGCGCUAUGGAAGCAAGACCCAGCUGGACGGAUACACAUUUGUGUGGAAACGCACCUCGAGCAGCAGCGGUGGUUCGGCGAUCAUGGCGCUCGCACUGGGGCUGGGGUCGUUGUUCAACCACGAUGCCAGUAGUCCGAACGUCAAGUGGACGCUGGAUCAUGCGACGCAUUCGAUCAGGUACACGACAGUGCGCGAGGUGCGUGUGGGCGAGGAGCUGACCAUCUCGUAUGGAACCGGGAGGAUGUGGUGGGAGCCGGAGCUGACGGAAGAGCAGAAGAGGGUCGAGGAGGAAGAGUCCCGCAAACGGCAGGAUCCGGAGGAGGAGGCUCUUCAGUUCGGCAGGAUCGGGCUAUCUGGCGACGACGACGAUGAUGAUGACGACGAUGAGCCAGCGUCGCAGAAGCAAGGAGGGGUACCGAACGGAAUCGAGAUCCACCAAACCCCAGGACCCAGUAACCGCUCCUUGCCACCGCUGUACCGCCUCACUGCCGCCAUCGAUCCCGUCACCCUCCCUCUCGCCACCCGGGACGCAUGGAUGAUCGACAUCCCGCCUACCUCCGCGUCGCUCGCCGUCAAGUUCCUACAAAAGCAAUCUGGCGUGCUGCAGAAUCGCGACGACGGCCUGCACUCGACCCGACACCUGCGAUCCUUCCGCACCACUGCUGCGCGCACGCAGUUCUUGAUUUGUCUGCACAGCGCAUUUCCGGACCGCACGCGGCUCGUCGCCUGGCUCACCGAGACGGCGGGGGGCAUCUUUGGAGAUCACCCGCAGCCAUACGUGGGGCAGGUACCCGUCAUUGCCGCGCCGACCAAGGAGAGGCUGCCGGAGUGGCAGGCAGUGUGGCCGUGUAUCGUGCGCACCAAUCCGAAGGAGCUUCAGCCCGGUGGUGCUGGCGGCGGGGCCGGGCCGGUGCUAUUGGUGGACAGGAAGAGGGACGAGCAGACGUGGACGCAGGAUCGAGCGAGACUGCGGUGGGCGGUGAACCGGUUCAAGCGGGUUGUGGCACUUGCGCGGUACGCUGUCUCCCUGCAGCAGCAGCAGCAGCAGCAGCAGCAGCAGCAGGGCAGUAACAGCGAAGAGAGGAGGCUGAAGGCAAUAGCCUCGGCCGUUCACGUCACGCACCCCUUUGACAGCGCUCGCCGAUUUGUUGCCUCUACCAGCGGCUCCUCUUCGUGGUCCGACCGCGAGCUGUGCGAUUGGUCCCAGCUAACCGGCCUCCACGCGCCCCUCGUCGGACGCAUCCCCCCUCUGCCCCCCUCCUUCGGCCCUACUUUCCCAACAGCGGUACAAGAGCACUACAACGCACAAAAAGCACGCACACUCUCCACACUUGGGAUGACGGAAGCCCAGUGGUCCGCUUUCAACGGCGACUCCGCCCAAGCUGCGUACGUUUCGCCGAACUCGACGAUGGGGGGCACGAUCGAAGUCGACGCGGUGGACCAGCGCAUCCUGCGGCGGAACCCGCUCAAGCACGCGCCGAUCGAAGCGGUGGCGCGCGUGUCGGUGCUCAGGACACUGGACCGAGUGGCGCCCGCCACUGCAACUGCAACUGCAACUGCAACUGCAACUGCAACUGCAACUGCAACUGCAACUGCAUCCACCCGCCCAGGCGCGUCAUCCGAAGCAGCAAAAGCAGAGCCCCCCGCACCUGCACUCGCACCCGCAGCCACGUCCAACGGCAGCGACUACCUGCUCACCUCGCUCUCGCUGUUCACCCUCUACGAGCCGUGCGUGUACUGCACCAUGGCGCUGCUCCACUCGCGCGUGUCCGAGGUGUACUUCCUACUCCCCUCGCCCGGCCGCGGCGGCUGCUGCGGCGCCCAGCUGCCCACACCCACAAAGUGCGACGCAGGAGACGACGGAGGCGUGUAUGCCCUGCAGGAGCAGAAGGGCUUGAACCACAGUUUCACCGUUUGGCGCUGGAUGGGCCCCCGCUUGGACGUGCCCGGCGACGAGAGUGACGGCGGAACCAGCGCGGGGGACAACGUUGGCGACAUGGCCGUUGAGUUUGAUAUCGGUCGUUUGGAUCCUUGA